GGGCUGCGCCUGCGCGCUCCAGGGCUGUAACUGCUGGCUUUCCAGCCUCCGCCAGCGCCGCUGCUUCCCGCUUCUGUUCCCGAAGCUCAGAAUGUUCCCGGAACUCAAUAACCUCCUCGACACCGCUCCCGACAGGCCGGAGCAGGGGCGGCUGACUCUCCUCUGUGAUGCCAGGACAGAUGGCAGUUUCCUCGUGCACCACUUCCUCUCCUUCUACCUCAAAGCUCGUUGUAAAGUCUGCUUUGUGGCCCUCGCCCAGUCCUUCAGUCACUACAAUAUUGUGGGACAGAAGUUGGGUAUCAGCCUGACCACGGCGCGGGAACGCGGACAGCUCGUCUUCUUCGAGGGACUCAAGGCAGCGGUGGAUGUCAUCUUCCGGGCUCCGCAGGGAGAGCCACAGCCCCUGCAGUUUCUCAGGGAGGGCACCGCUGGGAGCCUGCAGCCACUGUAUGAGUUUGUGCAGAAGUCACUGAAGCCAGAGGCCGACGCGGACACUGCGUGGAGGUGGCCGGUGCUGCUGGUGGAUGACCUCAGUGUGCUGCUGAGUCUGGGCAUGGGGGCCGUAUCUGUGCUGGACUUUGUCCACUACUGCAGAGCCACCGUGUGCUGGCAGCUGAAGGGAAACGUCGUGGCCCUUGUGCAUGACCGUGGUGACGCUGAGGAUGAGGAGAACAACCUCCUGCUGAAUGGCCUCUGUCACCAGAGCCACCUGGUCCUGCGAGCUGAGGGUCUGGCCACUGGCUUCUGCAGGGAUGUGCACGGGCAGCUGAGGAUCCUGUGGAGACCAACACAGACCACAGCCCAGCGGGAUCGGAGCCUCACUUACCAGUACAAGAUACAGGACAAGAACGUGUCCUUUUUUGCCAAAGGCAUGUCCCCUGCUGUUCUUUGACCUCACUUAGGGACUACUGAAACUGCCCUGAACUGUCUGUUUUCAAAGGUUCAUGAUAAUCAACCAAGUAGGGGUGGACGUAGACAUGGGAAACUUGGAGGGGCUGGUUGCUCAGAGUAAUCCGGAAAUGGUGCCUUUGUUCCCCGAGUCCUGCUCAGAAAACACCGCGAGGGAUCUGCCGUCCCAGCCCUCUUGAGAUUCAACACUGCAUGUCAAGCCCUGUGAAAAAGACCCUCAAAUCCUGCCAGGCCUUGGCCCAAGUGGUGGUCUUUGAUAACUGCUUCUCAGAGCCAGAGUGAGUGUGACUGCAAUCUGAAGGAACAUCGCCUGGCCCGAAUCCCCAGUGACAAGACAGAGGGUGAUGGCUACUUGCAGAGGAGGAACCACAUGACCUCCCUUGGAUUGUCUCCCUUCAUUUUCCCCCUCAUGCUGUAAAAGGUCUUUCCCCUUCCAUCCAUUGAGGAAGGGGAUGGAGAGUGAUGGGAAGCAUGUAAAGGCAAGAGAGCGGGCUGUCUCCCAGGGCCUGACGUGUGCCUGCGCCCAGUGACUGGCUGUUUU